AUGUCUGAUUCUAAUUCAACUCCGUUUUCUAUCGACAACAUUCCCUUUGGGGUGAUUUCGACGGCCGAUAACCCCGCCCCAAGGUGUGCAACUGCACUUGAUCACGAUGUUAUUGAUCUAAGCGCUUUGGAAAACGAUGGCUUUUUUGAAUCUAUGCAAGGUUUUGGCAAGAAAUCAAUUUUCUCCAAGCCUUACUUGAAUGAUUUUGCAUCGCUUCCCAUUGAAAGCCGUCGGCAAGCACGGAAUAGCCUGCGUGACGGCCUACCUCAGCUCCGAGAAGAUAAAUCCAAGGCGAAUCGAUACUUCAUUUCGCUGGAUCUGGUUCAAAAUCACUACCCGAUGCAGACGGCCAACUUCUCGGAUUUCUACUGCUCGCUAGAGCAUGCCCAGAAUUGCUCUGCAAUUUUCGGUCUUUCCGAGUCACCCAACUGGCGCGUCAUUCCGAGCGUGUACAAUGGCCGCACAUCCAGCCUGAAUGUAGCUACUACUUUGACCCGCCCGCACGGCGUCUUGAAAGAUGAAACCGGAGAAUAUGCUUUCACCCCGACCAAGAAAUUGGACAUGGAACUUGAAAUGGGAGUUUUUAUUUCCAAGCCUCUGAAUUCUGGCCAGAUCCUUGAUAUAAAGGAUGUCAAAGAUCAUAUCUUUGGAUUCGUUAUUCUGAAUGACUGGUCUGCACGCGAUAUCCAAGCAUUUGAGAUGGCUCCUCUCGGUCCGUUCCACAGUAAAGGAUUUGGGACUUAUAUUUCACCGUGGAUCGUCACUAUGGAUGCACUUGACUCGGUGCAAAGUGCUGUUAUGGUUCAACAGGACCCCGCUCCAUUGCCUCAUCUUACAUGGAAAGGAGAUGGUGGAGAUGCGACGUUCAAUAUCAAUCUCUCCGCUUAUGUCAUCAGUGAGUUCAUCCUCCUCGCCGGUGCAGAUCUGGACUUACAAGAAGAGGAAAUGGGAAAUCAUAUGAUCUUACGGACACGAACCUCAAUGAGCUGUAUUGGACCCCGUAUCAACAGCUUACUCACCUUGCAAGUGCGGGUGAAGCGCACAGAUGAGAAUGGAGAAAAGACGGGCCUAGCAUGCCUUGUAGAGCGCUCGCUCCCGCAUACCGCUAUAUCAGCUUUGAAAAAAGACGGAAUCGAGUGGUUUAAGGAUGGCGAUGAGGUUAUCAUGGAAGGAUGGUGUGUGAGCCGAGCAACCGGGUCCAAGUUUGGAUUUGGGCAAUGUCGGGCAACCAUUACCCCAGCCGUUAGCUUGGGUCUGUAA